AUGUCGCUCACUUCCACAGAAUUGAAUUACCUGAUUUGGAGAUAUUUACAGGAAGGAGGUCUUGACGUCAGCGCCUAUGCUCUACAAGAUGAGACGAAAAUCGAACAAUAUGAGGACCGGUAUGGAGACAAGGUACCUCUUGGAUGUCUUGUAGACUUGGUUCAAAAGGGUAUAUUGUAUACAAAAGUGAACGAAUUAGUUUCCGAUGACAAAAAACAAAUUGUGGCUGAGGAUGUGGUCAAUAUGGACUUUCAUUUGUUUGGGGCUGAGGAGAAUACUGGUGAAAGAGUCUUAAACAAGAAGGCCAAAGAGAUGACGAGUACGGAGACGACGACUAAAGAGACGACGACUAAAGAGACGACGACUGAAGAGACGACGACUGAAGAGACGACGGCAAAAGAGACGACGGCAAAAGAGACAGCCGAAGAAACGGAGAAUUCAGUUAUAUUUAAUGAGGUUUAUUCACUUCCAGAGAGUUUGGCUAAUAGCUGGAACCCCGUAGAGACCCAGAUUGUUGCAUGGGGUCAACGUGAUCAAUACGCGCAGAUCUGUAAGGUGGGAGCAUCCAGAGACGAAUGCUCGUUGAAAUUAUUACCUCAUCCAAUCACAAGCAAGGAUAUCAUUGCAUUGGCCUGGAGUCCAAAGGGAGACUCGUUGAUAACGGCUUCCGAGAACGGAGAACUACGUAUGUGGGACUCUAAUGGCUCUAUACGAUUCAUAAUGGCUCUUCACCACGCUCCAGUGCUAACUCUUUAUUGGUCACCUGACGGAAAUCACGUGCUUUCUUUAGAUGUUACCAACCAGACAAUUAUCUGGGAUACGGUUACUGGACAGCCUGUACAGAACGUUGGGACAGCUACUACAGAUGCCAAGACAUGUUUUGGAACUGAUGCCUGUUGGAUUGACGAUUACAAGUUCGUCGUCCCCGGUAGUGAAUACAGCCUACAAGUCUACCCGAUGGGAGACUUGAACCAGCAACCGAUAGGAGUUCUAAGCGGCCAUUUGAACUCGAUUUCCUUCGUCAGUUACAACCCACAUCUUAAGCUACUUUGCUCGGCUUCUGAUGAUCGAACCAUACGAAUUUGGAAGGGUAAUUCUACCAAUUCUUUACAGAUUCUCUUGGGACAUUCUCAGCCAAUCACAUAUCUCAAUUGGCUACCAAUAAAGUCUCAGAAAUGGUACUUAGUUAGUUGUUCGUUGGACUCAUCUCUUCGUAUUUGGGACUUUAUUCGUGGUCAAGUUGUUGAUUUGAACAUUGUCAAUGAGGGUGUUCCCAUCCUUACUGCUUCAAUGUCUCAUGACUUUACUAAACUGGCUACAGCUGACUCUCAGGGUCGUGUCAUUGUCUGGAAGCUCUCUGAUCGUGUUCAUUACCAUAAGCUGGGUACCUACGUUACUCAAGCCAGUCAAAACAACCUCAUUUCUACAAUCAACUGGUGCAAAGAUGAUACUUCUAUAGCCAUAAGCUGUAGUGGGUGUCCUGGUUCUAUAAUAACCCUAAGAGAAUAA